AUGGCAAUUGAUCAAUUCUCUCGCAUUGGCAUCGUCGGCGCAGGUAACAUGGGCGCCAUGAUGGCUCUAGGCCUCGCCGAGAAAGGACUGGAUAUCAGCAUUUGGGACGUUAAGACGCAGAAUGUCGACGCUGCUCAAGAGAUGGCCAGGCAGACGCUUACCCUACGGGGCAAGGUCGACGCCUUUCACGAUGUCAAGGACUUCAUGAAUAGUCUAUCUGGCGAGCGGACGAAGUUGUUCGUGUUCUCUAUCACCCAUGGCUCCCCGGCGGACUCGGUGCUCGAGAAGAUCUGGGACGAGCUGAAUGAGGGCGAUAUCAUACUGGAUGGAGGGAACGAGCACUAUCGCACUACUGAGCGGCGCCAGCGCAAGUGCGCAGAAAAGGGCGUGCGAUGGGUGGGGAUGGGCGUCUCUGGAGGCUACCAGUCAGCUAGACAUGGUCCUAGUUUAUCACCCGGCGGAGACAAGGAUGCAGUAUCAGCCGCUCUGCCCGUCCUCGAAGCCUUUGCCGCCAGAGAACCACUGUCAGGGAAGCCGUGCGUCACCUACAUAGGUCCUGGCGGCUCCGGACACUACGUCAAGAUGGUUCACAAUGGAAUCGAACAUGGCAUGCUCUCCUUGGUCUGCGAAGCUUGGGGCCUCCUUCGCAAAUCUCUUGGGCUCUCCAACGCAGAGAUCGGCACAAUCCUCGCCGCCUGGAACGCCUCGGGCGAGCUCCGCGACUGCUUCCUCCUCGAAAUCGGCGCUGAGAUUUGCCAGCGGCAGAAGACACCCGAGGGCGACCAGAAUGGCGAGGGAAAGGGUGAUUUUGGGUACGUCCUCGACGACGUGCUCGACAAGGUCGUGCAGGACGACGACGGCACGGAAGGGACGGGGUAUUGGACCGUCGCAGAGACGGCUCUGCGCCACGUCGCCGCGCCUGCCGUCGCAGCCGGACAUGCGCUCCGUAUCGCCAGCGGCAAUCGAGCGCAGAGAGUUAAGGUGGCAGACAAGCUCAAGCCGCCCGGCAGAACGGAGACGCUGAGGAAGAAGGACACGUUCAUCGAGGAUUUACGCCUCGCGGUGUAUGCAGGCUUCCUAGCGUCCUUCACGCAGGGUCUCCAGCUUAUUGCGCGCGCGUCCCGGGACGAAGAGUGGGAUGUCAGCAUCGCCGACUGUCUGCAGAUCUGGCGCGCCGGCUGCAUCAUACGCGCCGGGCACAUCGCAGACCUCCUUCAGCCGGUUUUUGUCUCCUCCACCGCACCCAUCUUCAACAGCAAGCUCAUCGACGAGGUCGCAAGGGAUAUUCGGGAAACGUACGCGCCUCUGAAGACCGUAGUGACGAAGGGCGUCGAAUGGGACGCGGUGAUCCCGGCGCUGAGCGCGAGCCUGGAAUAUGUGAAGUAUGCUGGGAAUACGGAACUGCCUACGCAAUUUCAGGAGGCACAGAUGGACUUCUUUGGCGCUCAUGGGUAUGAUAGAGUUGGGGUGAACGGGGAGGAUCCGGGGAAGACGAGGAAGGGGGCUCAUCAUUACGAGUGGAGGCCUGCUUAG